GGGUUCGGUUUGGGGUAAAAUGUUUUCUUCUGUUCGGUACCGUGGAUCCGCAGAGGGUGUGAGUUCUCCGGCAGAAGGCGGGGUUUCCUCCCUGGGGUUCGGGUCCAGGCUGCGUUACGUAACGCUUUCACCGCUUCUCAUCCCGACGCCUGCUGGAAGGUCUGGUCCUGUGGACAUGUGGACACGUGGUUCCAGCUGCGCGUCCACGGAGAGGACAUCUAAAGGAAUGUCCCCAAGAACAUCUGAGGUCUCCGUCUUUCUGUCCUAAAACAGCCUCUGCUGGGAAAUGUCCUGCCCUGAAGGGCCGCGGCGCGCCUGAGGGCACGUUUGGAAACAGGAGUUGACUUUUUAGACGCACGGAGAUGGGAAGCGGCGCCAGCAGAGGGAAGAAGGUUGCACCUGCGCCUGCCAGCCAGGUGAGAGGGACCAAAGGAGGAGGGUCGGGUGGCCGCAAGGUUCACAACGAGGGGCCCCGCUCUGACUGCUCCGGGGAGGACGAGGACGCGGUGCGUGGAGAGCCCACAGACGCGCGGGGGGCUUCUGUUAGGAAAGCGUCUCCAAGGAGAACUUUCAUCAGGGCCAAAACGUAUGGACUGUGUCCCUUCAGCGGGGAGGACACGGAGGACGAAAGGAGCUCGUCUCCACAGCUGGAGGAGCCACGUGUCCCCCGGAAGGGACCAAAGGAUGUAAACAAGAGGAGCAACUGCGCGUUUCCACACAGGAAGCGACUGGGGGGGCCUGCAGGCUUCAUUCAGCGCCAUCCGUCCACCCAGACGUUCUCAGCAGGAGGGACGUUCCUGGAAGGCGUCGCCACACGUGGUAAACAACAGAGUUCUGGCAGCGGUCACAGCGCCUCGCUGCCCAUGCCGGUCAUCCUGUACGAUGGAUCAGAGGAAGAGCUGAUGGACACCAUUGAGAGAGACUUUGGCUGUCAGUCCAGCAGAGAUCAAUAAAAACUUUACAGUUCUGACUGAAGUUAACCAGGGUUACCUUGGCUCUGGCAGCCUUACUUAACAGCCUGAGGCGGUGUAAUUAAAGCCUGGCAGCGUAACAGAAAGUCGACCCGAUGCCAGGAGGUGCGCUGUGAGCAGACCACCACCGGUGUUAACAGACAAAGGCCUCCUGGUUUAUCUGGAGCAACAGAGUGUCACGUCCUCCCAUCAUUCCCACCGGGCCGGUUCCUGACACCGUUUGCUUUUUAUGAAGGACACCAGCGACUGCAGAGCUUUGCUUGCUUGCACCC